AUGUGGGAAUACUAUCACAAUAAGUCUGCUUUGGUAACGGGUGGAUCUGGGUUUUUAGGUACAGCCAUCGUCUAUCGGCUGCUGACACGUACGACUGUGUCAACCAUUUACUUGCUUAGCAGAGGAGGUCGCAAAAGGCUACUUGCUACAUGGAGGAAAUCAUUGCCACCUGAAAUAGCAGAUGAGCUAUGCAAAUCACAUCGUUUGACUGUACUCGAUGGAGAUAUUGUCCUGCCAGAAAUGGGGCUAUCAGGUCCGGAGCAAGAUCUCAUCCGGCAAAACGCUCAAAUCGUCAUCCACGCCGCAUCCUCAAUCAACCUAUCUAAAGGUCUGCCAAGCUUGGUACCGACAGUUAUCAGAGCAAGCGAGACAGUUGCAAGAUUUGCAUUGACUUGUAAGCUCCUCGAUCGCUUUGUCUAUGUUUCUUCGGCAUAUGCAAAUAGCCAUCUCUAUCCUCGCAAUGUGGCGGCCGAUGUCGAAAUCAAGGAGGAAUUUUACGCCCCAGGAAAAGGAAGUACCGCUACUUCUGAGUGGGACGAGGUCCAACAGAACGGUACAAGUCAGGCUUAUGAAGCGGAAGAUUUUCCAUGGGCAUAUGCUUAUGCUAAGAACCUGACCGAGCGACUGCUUUCACACUUGUUCGUCUAUCACGGCGUCGAGCAUAAACUUCUUAUUUUGCGCCCCUCGGUUAUCGGGCCUGCACAGAAGUACCCAUUUCCAGGGUAUAGUCUGCCGAUGUCAACUCCAUCAACGAUCUUGGCGGCGGCACUAGCACUGACUCCAUCUUGGACAUUUCGAGCUGCAUCCCGUUUUACAAGCCCGGAUGACCAUAUUAACCUGGAUGAGGUUCCCGUUGAUGUUGUUGUUGAUCGUUUGAUAAGCCAUCUGGCUAUCGGAUCGGUUGGCUGCGUCCAUGCUGUGAGUGGUAAGAGAGCUCGAAUCGAUAUUCGUGAGUGGCAGCAGUCGGCUAUGAAGCUUCGCCAGAUCCCGUGGACGCUGCACCCUGAAUGGGUGGUGGAGGAUUGGAAGUCUGCACGUCAGCAUCAAAUAUGUCGCUUUUAUAUAAUUUUGGGGACUUCGUUCAGCUUCUUGGAAGAUCGAACCGUUACCCUGAGCACGACACUCUCAAGCGAAGAACUUUCAGAUCUUCAGCUAUUCACAUCGGUCCAUCGGGACAAUCGGCUACAGGAAAGAACCGAGCAAAUCCGCUUCGUUAUGGACCACUUUGCGAGUAAGAGUUGGUUGGUCUUUCUGAUUGUAUGGAUAUUCUAUCGCAACUUCGGUAAAGUAACCAGCAAAAAGUCUAUUUAG